AACGAUCAAGGUAUAAACAAAUAUGGCGGCUAAUGUCAAAAUUAGUCACGUCAAACGAUUUAUUUGUUUACGAUGUGCGUGAAAGAAUUAGUACUCCUUCUAAAAGGGACAUCAAGAGUUUAACGCGUAUUUUAAAUAGAGAUUUUUGCAAGACUUGGAAAACGGCGGGAAAUUUGAAAGAAGAAUAUACGAGAUCCUGAUGUCGGUUUAACAAUUCUGGGACACUCGAGAAAUCUUGACCGUUUACACCAUCGCAAAGUCAAGCAGAAUCUUCAAAGUAUGGUAAAAUCUUGAAGAAAUGGCGGACGAUCCAAAUCGAGACAUCUUGCCCGUAAAGGAAGGAUCUUGCAUAGAGACGUGUCGUAGUCUUAUAGAUCCCAGGGAGCGUCGUUUGGUGUGCAAGCUCGAUCGAUACCAGUUGGAGGACAAGUAUUUGCGACUACUCGAGGAAGCGAGUAAAUUGAAAAAGUUAUCCAACUGUCAGGAAGAGAAGAUCAAGCGACUGGCUACAAAAUUAAUGAGAGUAGCUUCUAACCCAAGGGCAUGCGUUUCUUUGGAUUUCAGCGAUAAAAACAAACUAACGGCUCUCGAGGUCGAGAAUUCCAAGUUAAAAAAUAAAUUAUCCGUAUUGAGGAAUCAACUGUUGAGUCAUACAAUGAGCGGUAUAUCACCAACGAGAAGUCGUCGGCCUCAUACAAGACCAUCUUCGGGACUCAUAACUUGUCGUAGCGAGAACAGUCGUAUAAGGGCCCCAUCCUGCCAGUGCAUCGUUGAGACACAUCAACUACGAAACGACGACAAUGAAGCACAAAAUUAUCUUGUUAAAAUCGAGGAAUUAGAAACGCAGAAAAAAGAAAUGUCGGCUCAGAUAACGCAGUUAGAGAAGGAACUCGAGUCUUAUGUGGUAAAUAAUCAAAAGGAGAAAGUGGUUGAGAACAUCGAAUAUAUAAAGGUUUGGCGACAAAUGAAACAGUUGAGCGACAAAUUGAUGACUGCUCAGAAUACAAACGAGUCGUUGAACCUACAAAUUAACGACCUCAAAAAAAUCCUCGAAGAGACAACAAAAAAUAAUCAGGAAAUAACAGUUUGCUUAAUGGCAGAGAAGAAACGAAUAGCCGGUAUCGAUGGACAGAUAAUAAAAGCGAAAGAUUCUCAAUUAACAUUACGCGAGAAAGAUGAACAAAUAAGAGAUUUAAUAAACGAGAUGAAAAUUUUGCAGCAACAUAAUAACGAGUUAAUUGCUUUAAGUUCCAAAUAUGGCCAAGUCGAAUUAGAAAAUGUUGAAUUGAAAAAGAAAUUUACGCAACAAUUUACCGAUCAACAAAACUUCAAAAUAGCGUUUAAUACUGAGCAAGCUAAUAUUGUUGCCCUACAAACUGCUAAUGAGCAAUUGUUAAUGAAACUUCAGUAUUUGCAGAAAAAUAUGGAUACUCUAAUGAUUCAACAAUUAGCAAUUAUUCAAAAUGAUAAUAAAAAACAUAAAUCAAGUAACAAAGCGGAAUCGUCUAAUGAUAGUGUUAAAACUAAAAAUACCCAAACGGAGGAAUUUUCUUUUUUUUCCAAAGGUAUGACAUCAAGUAUUCAAACAUGUAGAAAAUGUUUUAUGACAUUCGACAAGGUUUUACAACUCGAAAAAGGUGUAAAUACAAUACAAAAAGAAUGUAAUUUCUUGAGCAAGUGCGUACAAACGGACUUUGAACCUUGUUCAAUUUCUAUCAAAACGAAAGAAGGUACUUCAAUAAUGACUUCUUCGGAUCAACCAUCGUCGGCACGGGAACAUACGGUUGUAAAACAUGAGGUUAAUCAAGAAAAGAACCCUUUGUCACGCGAAAAGAUGCUAAAAUUAUUGGAGCAGGUGCAGAUCAGUAUGCCAUUGAAAGGAGGAAGAAUCGGACAAUCGGAUGAUCCUCCUGUGGUCGAUUUCGAAGCCAUGCAAGACUUUAGCCAAAGACACAGGCAAGUGGUCAACCUCGAAAAGCUGCUCUUUGGUGAUUCUAACUGCGGCCUAUCAAGUCGGAGUGCCUUGUUGUUCCAAUCGAGAUUAUAUUACAGAGAUGCAGAUGUGGCAGAUCAUGCGCAAACAAGAGAUUUUAAAAAUUUAUUCGCAACGCUCGUCGAUGUUCUUCGUAAAGAAUACUCCUCGCCAAAGAAUUUAAUCCCUAUGGAAGAACAAACUGCUUAUCGAAAUCCUCCAUUACGCUAUGAAAAGCAACUCGUAAAAGAUAUACAAACGGAUAUUAACAACAAUGAUGAGAUGAAUCGACAGGUUAAUAUAGCAAUACAAUCAAACACACAUCUGAUCAACAAAAAUUCACAAUACGAAGAUAGCUAUGAUCAAUUUUCACAAAAUACGAAAAGUUGUAACACGAAAGAAUCUUGUUCCGUUAAUCAAGAUAAAUUGCAAAAUAGUAGUAAUCAAAAUCAGAUGAUGAGAUCCACAGAAACCGAAUUCCAAAAUCCGAGAAGUUGUAGCAUGAAAAGAUCUUGUUUAGUUAAUCAAGAUAAAUUAUAUAGUAGUCAAAAUCAGGUGACAAAAUUCACAGAAACCGGCGAAUGUAGUUGCACCGAUUCGAAAAAAUGUCACGCAGAAUCAGAUUGUGGUUAUUUUUGUUGCACCAAUUAUAAGAAGCAAUUUCAUGAGAAAUAUAGUGGUGAUGUAAAAAAUCAGGAUUUAAAAAAUUUCCCUUCGUCGCUGAUAAAAAGAAAUGAUGAUCAAUUUGCGAAAAAAGCCGCCGACGCAGCUCAUGCGAAAUGUUAUGACGCUAUGAAUCCUUUCGAAUCCUGGAAAAUGAAUUUGUCGGAGCAAAAAAGCAAAGCUUUCGAUAACAAUCAGAACUUACAGAAUUAUACGGAACAUUUGGAAAGAUGUAAAGAGCUUUUAGACAAAUGUUAUUUGAAAAAUACGAACAAAAUUCCUGUGAAUAACAUGAGUCAUUUACGAGGCAUGGGAGCAAUGAAGUCACCGCAUACAUGUCGAAUGGAGGAUCAGAUAAAGCCGUUAGCAGAAAACGACGAAGAGUCACGCUGCAGUCUUAAGUGUCCAAACGAAUGUAUAGAUCUACCACCAUAUUCGACGAAUUCAACGCCUUUAUUGAUUACAAAUGGUCAAGGUCUUGUGGAAAUUCAUGUUCUCUCCCUGCAGCUUGCUACAUCUGCAGCGACAGUUCUUUUUCAAGAAGAGAAUCUUUCCAACGUAUCCUUAUUCAUCAGUUGGAACAUCUGGGGCCAAGAGACAGUUUGUACGCCAACAUUGAAAUACCCAAAGUUAAACUUCAAUUCGUCCUUCGUUUAUCAUAUACCGGAUCUAUCCACGUUCUUCAAUUAUGCUCUGUCGGAAUAUGUCAUCUUUCAGGCGAACGUCGUUGAACAGAAUACAACGACUUACGCUGUGGCUAAAGCAAAAUUAUGUAUCAAGGAUAUACUUGAUUAUCCUCAAAAUAAGUUACAUUAUAUCGCGCCUAUGAACAGCGUUAUAUCUUGUACACUUGGUAUGAAUUUCGGACAAUUAUCCUUAUGGGUGAGAUUGAGUUGCGACGUCGAGCAAGUCGAUUUAUUCAAAAGGCAGCGAGGUUUGCUUCCACGAAUGGAACAGGAUCAACAAUCGAUUCGAAAGACUACUUUUCGAGAGGAUACUACUCCAUUGGAGAAAUCAAAUAAAGAAUACGAAGAUGCCGUUGAUGACUCUGAAAGUAGGUUUCAGAAAUUCGAGUAUAAUUAUAGUAAACGUGAAGAAAUUAAAAAACCCAUCUAUAGCUCCACCCAUGAUAUAUUGGUUACCCAUAACGAUGCCAACAAUGAAUCAUCUGACAGCGAUAUAACGUUAUUGUCCAAACGAUCUGACGAAAUUGCAAGAUGGGCAACUCCGACAAAUAAAGAAGAACAGGAUAUUAAUAUCACUCGAGAAGAGAAAACGAAUAUGGACGAGUUUAAUACUUUUAUUUCCCAUCCAUUGGAAAAGGAUACAAUUAUAAUCCAGAUCGUUAAAAUAAAUCUAUUUGAAAAUAGUUCAGUCAUGCUCGACGAUGAUGUUCAUUUGCUUUACGUGGAGUAUUCUUUUCUUGGUUAUCGUGGUGCUGAUAUGGAAACGGAAUCAAUACCAAAACCAAAGACAUACACAGAACCAUUGAUUUAUAAUUUCAGGAAAGUAUUUUCGAUAGACGAGGAAUAUCACUCCAUUGAGAGAAACACGUUGCGAGCAAUGUUACAUGAGUCUAUCAAUCCAAACAUCAAAUUUAUUUUAGUGAGCGAACCACUUCCUGCAGAAACAGAUGUUAAGGAUUGUGUAGAAAUCGGGUACGCAUACUUUAACAUAAGAGAAUAUGCUCUGGGUGACGAUGAUCAAAGCAUAACACUACCAAUUAUAAACCAAAUGCAAACUGAACAAAUAGGUUUAUUAACGGUAAAUUCAUUAAUAUUGCAUUAUAAACAAAUAUUUGUAUAUAAUUUGUAUAUUUGAAUAUUUUUAGUAUAAUUAUAUAUAUAUAUAUAUAUAAGUAGUAAUGAGCGCGUAAAGCUCUUCUCGACAGUUACCCCCACCAUUACGCUUCGACUUAACGGUGGUAUCUCGACGCUUGGUAACACUACUGCGCAGUCUUUCACAGCCCAGGGAUGAGUGUUCAUCGCACGUAGAAUUCAUACGCUUCGUCUAAGCGUUAUUUUCUUAUUUAUUGUCACGUUUAAUUAGGUCUUUUAAUUAGAUCAUUAUUUGGAAAAUUAAUUGGACGAUCCGAUGAUAAGCUAUAACUACUAAUUAGUUUACAAUUAUUUCGAACAUAUUUAUAUCCUAUAUGAAGUAUUUUUUACAGAUAUGCGUGCUAAGUCUCAAUGUCAUACGUUAAUAUUUGGGCGAUACAUUAUUUCAAAUUAUAUAAAUUAAUUUGACGAUCCAGUAAUAAGCUAUGACUAUUAAUAAGUUUAUAAUUAUUUCAAACAUAUUUAUAUCUUGUAUACAAUAUUUUUUACAGAUAUACGUGAAGGGUCUCGAUGCCAUACGCGAAUGUCUCAGCGAUAAUAUGUGAAAGCAAAAAUGUUUCGAGAAAAUAUAGAAAAUGAUCCA